AUGACCGACCCAAAUUAUACCCUCUUCACUCUCCUAGCCUCUGUCGCAGGCAUAGCAUCACACCUAGCAUAUUUCAUCCACGGCGAACACCACAUGCAAUCUCCCCAAUAUCUUCUCACCAUCCUCUUCUCCCCGUUACUUCUCUUCCUCGCCAUCCUCAAAUUUGAGCUCACUUCCUCAUAUAUCACAGCAUUGCAACUUACAACCAUCAUCCUGAUCUCAUUCUUCACAUCCUUGGCAUGCAGUAUCCUCAUCUAUCGCAUAUUCUUUCAUCCAUUACGACACUUCCCAGGCCCUUUUCUGGCAAAAUGUUCAAAGAUGUUUCAUGUGCUGAGGUUACUGGGGACGAGUGAUAAUUAUUUGCAGGCGCAUGGCUUGCAUGAGAUGUAUGGGGAUUUUGUGAGGGUUGGGCCGAAUGAACUUACGAUUGUUAGACCGGAAGCGGUUAAGGCUAUGAUUGGGCCGGGCUCGAAGUGUACUAAGAGUUCUUGGUAUGAUGUUAUUGGUCUUCCUCAUACUAGCACACAUUUGGAACGCGAUCGCGUGAAGCAUGAUAAGAGAAGGAAGGUCUGGGAUCGUGGAUUUAGUGCGAAGGCCCUGCGCAACUAUGAGGGUAGAGUCACAAGUUAUGCAGAUGAAUUGAUUUCCCAGCUUGAAGCUUUCAAAGGAAAACCAGUCAAUGCAACUCUCUGGUUUAAUUCCUUUGCUUUUGAUGUUAUCGGUGAUUUAGCAUUUGGGAAAUCUUUUGAUAUGUUGAAAACUGGAGAAAAGCAUUCUGCACUUAAAUUGUUGCAAAAAGGCAUGGAACCAUUAGGGAUUCUUACGCCCAUCCCCUGGGUCUUCCCCAUCCUCAUCAAGAUUCCAGGAGUGGUGGAUGGUUUCAACGAGUUCAUUAACUUUUGUGAAAAGCAAAUUGAUAUCCGAAGAGCAAAUGAACCAAACAUGCCUGACAUCAUGACAUGGCUCAUCGAUGCUCAUGAGAAUGAUUCAGAUCCAAUACACAAAGAUCCUAGAUGGUUAUCCGGCGACUCACGUCUGGCCAUCAUCGCCGGCAGCGACACUACAUCGGCAACCCUCACAUAUCUCUUCUACCACCUCUGUCUCGAACCGCACCAUGUCACCAAACUCAGAGAAGAAUUAGAACCAACAUUUACCCCCGGAUCCCUGAGUGAGUGUCGAGAUAUCCAAGAUUUGCCGUAUCUCAAUGGGGUUAUUAAUGAAACAUUACGACUUCAUCCGCCUGUGCCCAGUGGCUUGUUGAGACAAACACCCCCUGAAGGACUUAUGAUUGAUGGGACGUAUGUACCGGGUGGUGUUACCAUCUCGGCUCCUAGCUGGACCAUGGGUCGUUUAAAAACCUGCUACCCCUCACCCCACUCCUUCCUCCCCACCCGUUGGUUCCCCGAUCAGGCGGAUCCACAGCACGUGCAAGAUCAACAUCAAAAUCGAUAUCUGUUAGAUAAAUCAGUCUUCACACCCUUUAGCGCGGGAAAUUACUCGUGUGUGGGGAAACAACUUGCGUUGAUGGAGUUGAGGGCGGUGGUUGCGAGGGUGGUGAUGAGGUUUGAGGUGGAGUUUGCGGUGGGGGAAAGGGGGGAGAGGUUGAUGGGGAGGGAGUGGGUGGUUCAGGGGGAUGGGGUUGGGGAUGGGGAUGGAUAUGGAGAUGGGCGUGGGGAAAAGAAGAGGGAGAGGGGGAGGAGGGAGGGAAGGGGAAAGAGGGAACAGGAUACUAAGGAGGUUUUUACGUUGGAAUUGGGGGAUUUGAUGCUGGUUUUUGGGGGGAGGGAAUGA